AGGUGGAGGUUGCUGUGAGCCGAGAUCAACCACUGCACUCCAGUCUGGACAACAGAUUGAGACUACUUCUCAACAACAACAACAACAGAAAUCCAACAGUCCAAGCACAGCAGUCUCCCCCCAACCUCAAAAGCCUCCUGAGAAGUAACCUGGUGUCAGUGGGCUGUGCAGAUUCUUGCAGUCUUCUUUGCCUUUGUAUAUGGAAAUAACUUUGUUUUAUGUUUGUUUUCACAUAGGUGGAAUUAUACUGACUCUGUUACUCUGUGACUUGCUUUCUUCACAUGAUAAUAACUCCUGGAGUGUUUCUGUAUCAGCCACACAAGUCUCCUUUAUGUUGCCAAUAUCCAUCUUUAUCCCAAAGACAAGAUGAAUGUUCAAAAACUGUAAUCCAAACUCAGUUCUAAAAAUGGGUGUUUGUUUCAACAAGAGCUGCUCGGCUGAGGCACUUUUGCUGCCGAGGGAACUUGGGCAAUGUCUGGGGACAUGUGUGGUUGUCACAACUUGUGAGGGGAGCUCCUGGCAUUGAGGGGGGUGGAAGGCAGGAACGCACAGGUCAGGCCCCUGCAACAAGUAAUUGUCAGGCCCAAAAUGUCAGUGGUGACAGCAUUGAGAAAAUGUGAUUGGUUUAAACCUACUUACCUUAAUGGUGUUUCAGCAGCCCUGUUAAGGGGCUUGAUCAAUAUGUAGCUUAUCAACACCAACCUUUGGUGCAGGGGGGUGGGUGGUGCUCCUGUUGGAGAAGCAGAUUCUAGGGCCCCACCCACAGAGUGCAUACUUGGGAGCAGAGGUGUGAACAUUGCCAUUGAGCUCAGGAGCUCCAGAGCAGCCUGGGCAACAUAGCAAGAGCCCAUCUCCUGAAAAAUAAAAACGAGUGCUGAAUAGUAAAUCCAUUUUAAACAUAUGGUAGGAUUUCAGAUUUUCUGAGGAAAAAUUUAAUUAGACUUGGCUGCUGCUUUGAUUUGAAAUUAGCAAUACUUUUAUAUAUCUCAAAGUGUGGUUUAUGAAAGAGGCAGAAUUGUCAAUGACUAUUUGUUGAAUUUUGCUUCCUAACCAUGCGGUGGGGACAAGUGUUUCCGAAUCCAUGUUUUAUAUAGUUAUUUUUUCCUGCAGUGCGGAAUUGUUCGCCGAUUAUACUUUGUCCACUUAGGUUUAGGUAGGUACGGAUUCUGUAAAACUGGAAAUCACUGAGCUGGAUUAAAAGGAACUGUGGUAAUUGUAGAUGUGUUAGAUGGAAUCUGCUGUGCUGUAAUAAGAGUAUAAGGAAGACCAUUGGCUGUUGGAAGCAAGUCGUUGGGUUCGAGGUUGGGAAUUGGGCAUGAUUUGUUUCCUGUGUCACUGCUUAGCUUGAUUUCCUCAGACUGCCAUCUUCGUGUUGGAAGGAAAUGAGCUCUAGGCCCUAAGCUUAGACCGUCUUCAUGCCCAAAGAAGUCCAACCAUUCGUCAUGACUUCACUAAAGGAUGCACGAUCACAAAUACUGGGUGUAUUAUCUCACAUACUUUCAGCACUCAGAUUUGAUAAAGAAGUUGCUCUUUUCACUCAGGGUCUUGGAUAUGCCCCUGUAGAUUACUAUCACGGUCUGCUUAAAAAUAUGGUUUUAUCAUUAGCGUCUGAACUCAGAGAGAAUCAUCUUAAUGGAUUUAACACUCAAAGGCGAAUGACUCCCGAGCGAUUGGCGUCCCUGUCACGAGUCUGUGUCCCACUUAUUACCCUGCCAGAUGUUGACCCCCUGGUGGAGGCUUUGCUCGUCUGUCACGGACAUGAACCUCAGGAAAUUCUCCAGCCAGAGUUCUUUGAGGCUGUAAACGAGGCGAUUUUGCUGAAGAAGAUUUCUCUCCCCAUGUCGGCUGUAGUCUGCCUCUGGCUUCGGCACCUUCCCAGCCUUGAAAAAGCAAUGCUGCAUCUUUUUGAAAAGCUAAUCUCCAGUGAGAGGAAUUGUCUGAGAAGGAUCGAAUGCUUUAUAAAAGAUUCAUCGCUGCCUCAAGCAGCCUGCCACCCUGCCAUAUUCCGGGUUGUUGAUGAGAUGUUCAGGUGUGCACUCCUGGAAACCGACGGGGCCCCGGAAAUCAUAGCCACUAUUCAAGUGUUUACGCAGUGCUUCGUAGAAGCUCUGGGGAAAGAAAACAAGCAGCUGCGGUUUGCACUCAAGACCUACUUUCCUUACACUUCUCCAUCUCUUGCCAUGGUGCUGCUGCAAGACCCUCAAGAUGUCCCUCGGGAACACUGGCUGCAGACCCUGAAGCUCAUUUCUGAACUGCUCAGAGAAGCAGCUGAAGACCAGACUCAUGGGUCCCGCAGAGGUCCCUUGGAGAGCUGGUUCCUGUUCAUUCACUUCGGAGGAUGGGCUGAGAUGGUGGCCGAGCAGCUACUGAGGUCGGCAGCCGAACCCCCUGCGGCCCUGCUGUGGCUCUUGGCCUUUUACUACAGCCCGCAUGAUGGGAGGCAGCAGAGAGCACAGACCAUGGUCCAGGUGGAGGCCGUGCUGGGCCGCCUCCUGGCGAUGUCCGGAAGCAGCAGCCUCUCAGCCCGGGACCUGCAUACAGCAGCAGGACAGGGCACAGAAACAGACCCCAGAGCUCCUGCACAACAGCUGGCCAGGCGUCUUCUCCUCCACUUCGUGCUCUGGGCUCCUGGAGGCCACACGAUCGCCCGCGAUGCCAUCGCCCUGAUGGCGCACACUGCUGAGAUAACUCACGAGAUCAUUGGCUUUCUUGACCAGACCUUGUACAGAUGGGAUCGUCUUGGCAUUGAAAGCCCUAGAUCAGGAAAACUGGCCCGAGAGCUCCUUAAAGAGCUGCGAACUCAAGUCUAGAAGGCACGCAGGCCGUGCGGGUGCCCGGCGUGAGGGAUCAGGCUUGCCAGCGUCAUAGGACAGAUGAUGACCUGUGGCCACGCGUUUGUGGAGUAAGUGCCCUCUUUGGGCUGUGAGAAUGAGCCAUACACGUCUCGGGAAGAUCUGCUAGUAUCUGUUUUACAAAAUGCAGAGCCAGGUCCCUCAGCCCAGACUCAGUCGGACAUGUUCACCAAUGACUUGAGUGAGCCUUCAGCGCUCCUGCUGCCCGCCCGGCCAGACCGUCAGCUGGAGAAUUACUAAAGCAAAGGCUUGGGUGGGAGAACAGGAUUCUAGUUUUUACCCAAGUCUAGAUGCACAUCUAUUAUUUAAAGAUUCAAAGCCUUAGAACCAAGAAUUUGGUGAUGAACCAUUGAAGAAUUGAGAGAGAA